AUGGACGAGAAGGACUUACCACCAGCACCGCCGCUGGAGUCCACUUCGGCCAGCUCCAGCAGCAAAGAGAAUGACGGAAAAGAAGAAAAGGCAAAGAUAGCUCAAACUGCAAACGCCUCAAGCUCAACUGAAGAAGAGGAAGGGGAAGUAGAAAAGAUCACUCGAAGCUUCCCCGACCUGCCAUCGAUCGUCAUGGAGUACAUUCUGGCGCACUUUUCCUACUUUGAAGUGCUGCAGAUGCGGCUCAUCUCUUCCUCUUGGAAUGAUCUGAUCAAAGGGUACCUCAACAAAGCGGACGAGGUCUUCCAGCACAAUCUCGCCCGCCACAACGUCCAGUGGCUGUCGGUGAAGGAGGUGAUCAAGGACUUUAAGCAGCCCUCAGAGGAGGUGGCUCCCAUCAGCCGGAGCAGCAGCAGCAACCUGCUGAAGAAGCCCAUCGUGCCGAAGAUGUCGCCGCGCUACCACCACUGCGCCUGCUACCUCAACGACUCGAUGUACAUCUUCGGCGGCUGCAUAGCGCCCAACACCGCCUACAACGAUCUCUGGCGCUUCGACAUGACCAGCAAGCACUGGACGCGGAUCAUCGCCGCGGGCACACCGCCGCUGCCGCGCAUCUUCUGCUCCUUCACCCCCUACGAGACGGCGGACGAGGCGACGGGCGAACGGCGACA